AAUAACAAUGAACAAAGUAAAUUCAUGUGCAUUUAUAUUUAUUCUGAAUGUGUUUUUUUGUGAGUGUAGUGUUAUUUUUCAUGAAGGCAGUAAAAUAACUUAUUUACCAGAUGCCAAUUCUAAGUAUUUUGGUUAUUCGGUUAUGUUAAGUGAGAUGGGCUUAAUAGUGGGAGCUCCAAAAGCAGCCAGUAGAGAUGGUAGGAAUAUAUCACCAGGGUUGUUAUUUAAUUGUCAGCUGCAGAAUUUGGACAUUCGGAAUUCAACAUGUCGGCCGAUCGGUCUUAACAUAGAUCCUUAUGGGAGUUAUUUCGGAAAAGUUUUAAUUCAGCGUGAUUUCCUCAAAGAUGAUAUGUGGUUUGGUGCGACCAUUGCAAACGUGCCUAAAGGAAAACUAAUGGCAUGUGCUCCGAGAUGGUCAACUCCAUACAAAGACAAGCAUAUACUGGCAAAUGGAGCAUGCUAUUUGCUAUCGCAAACAAGAGGAAUUGCUAUGUUACCUUUAAAGGAAAUGAAUCGACAGGCUUAUAAAACAGAUGGACACAGAAAGGAAUUUGGGGACUAUGGUACCCAUUUAAACUUCUACGCCUAUGGUCAAACUGGAAUGUCAGUUAAGGUUACAGAGAGCAAUUCAGUAAUCAUCGGGGCUCCUGGCUUACUACAAUGGGCAGGUGGUAUAAUUGAUUACAAGUACGAUUCAGAUGAAGGUUCCAUGUUUAUUUCGAAACAACCUACAACAAAUCCUUACUUCACGAAAGAAAUUGGACCUGAUGAUUAUUUUGGUUACAGUGUGGAAUCAGGAAUUUUCGGACCUGAUAAGAAAACUUUAUACGUAGGAGGAGCACCUCGAUCAAAAUCUAGCUAUGGACAGGUUCUCAUAUUUGAACCAGCUUACAGAGAAUAUACGCCUAUAAAGGUGGUUAAAAUCCUCCAAGGUCCACAACUUGGCUCUUAUUUUGGCGCUAGUCUUUGCUGUAUGGAUAUCAAUGGAGAUGGAAUAUUAGAUCUUUUGGUGGGAGCACCAAACUUUUUUACCAAAGAAGGGGAACUGCGGUACGAUCAAGGAGCUGUCUUUGUUUACUUAAACAGCUGGCAGGGUUCUAAUUUCACAUUACGUCUUGAAAGUUUUGUGUCGGGUUCUAAUUUAAAUGGAGCUAGAUUUGGCAGUACAAUGGCUGAUAUGGGAGACGUGAACGGAGAUGGAUACAAUGACGUCGCUAUCGGAGCACCAUGGGAAAACGAUGGUCACGGUGCUGUAUACAUUUACAGAGGAUGUGAAAGGGGAAUCAACAGUCAAUAUAUACAAAAGAUAGUAGCUAAAGGUGCUCAGAGUUUCGGUAUGUCAAUCUCUAAAGGAUUUGACGUCGAUAAUAACAACUGUAGUGAUUUAGCUGUUGGUGCAAUUAACAGUGAUACAGUUUACUUAUACAGAUGCGUGCCGACAAUAGAAGUGUACGCCAGCAUAAAAGUUCCAGAUGCGAUGAAUAUACCCCUCAAUGCUACCAAUUUUACAGCUAUAUUCUGCACUGAAGCCAAGGAGCAAAUGAAAUGGCCCCACGUUAAAACAGUUUUAAAUGCUUCAAUUCAAGUGGAUCCUGAAGGGGGCAGGGCAUGGAUAUCAGGCGAUGCAGAUUACCAAGUUACUAUAAAACCAGGCAACAAAGCAUGUGAGGAGCAAACGGUACAAAUUAAGCCUACAGCGGACUUGUCAAAACCAAUCACCAUUAACUUUGAGUUGAUUCAUAGGAUCGUAUUAGAAGAUGAUUCACCUUUAUUUUUGCGUAAAGAAGCAAGACUAUCGGAAAAUUCCAAAUUGCAUUCUUCAUUUGCUAUUCAGUUAAAUAGAGAAUGCGGCGAGGAUCUCAUUUGUAAGCCAUUAUUAGAAAUGACAUUAAAAGGAUUAAGCAACCCAUAUAUUCCAGGUUCAGAUAACAAAUUUGGUAUAGAAGUAACUGUACUUAAUAUGGAUGAACCAGCAUACGGUGCUAAAGUUUAUUUAACGUUACCAUCUUUACCUAAAAGAUUACCAAGCGCAUGCGCAUUAAAGAAACUGAACGUAACAUGUGAUGUACCAGCACCAUUAUAUAGAAAUGAAUCAGUCACAUGGGAAAUUGAAUUUGAAUAUACACAGAAUAAUUCAUUGAUUGAUGAAAUAAAAAUCGAAGCAAUACUAGAAGAUCCACUUCAUAGUAAUAAUGAUAGUGAUAGAGUUGUUAAAGAUUUUACUAUUGUUAUUAAACCAGAAGCAAGUUUUAAUAUUACUGGAACAGUGCAACCUAAUAAAACGAUUGCAGUGCCCAGAGAUGGUCUCGCCAACGGUGAUAGCGUGACUUUCGUACAUUACUUUGAGAUAAAAAAUUUGGGACCUUCGGACUGGUACAAUUUAACGGCUAUUUUAUUAAUUCCAGAUAAGACGAAUCUAUCGAACAAGAUAGAUGGAUGCGAUAAUGACAAUUACAGCCUUCAGUGCUCUUGGUCUCUAUCCGCAAGAGCCUCCAAAACAAUCGCUCUAACUUACAAAUUCAACUUAAGUUUACAUGGCGAUUACUUAGAAGAACUUACAAUGUUCAAUGCAACAUCAACAAUCAUUUUAAAGGACCAAAAUACAAAUUCUUCAGUGGUGACGACGCUAGUUUUGGAUCCGCCAACACCACUCUGGCCUUUGAUAGUAGGAAUCGUGGCUGGAGUUUUGACACUAGCAGCAGCAGUCUACGGUCUGUACAAGCUUAAUUUCUUUGAAAGAAAAAAGCGUGAUGACAUGAAACGUUUGCAAGAAGAAAUAGACAGUUGCAGUUCACUUGGGGAGUUGAAUCCAGAUGGAAAUGACGCUUGUACACAAGAUGUACAACUCUCUGACGAUUCUGACUGAACAAACAAUAUACAGUGAUACGAGAAUUCUAAAGGAUAUGAAAGUGAAGUGACAUCGAUAAAGGAAAGGAUGAUUUUUACAGUAUAACUCCUCUCUAUGACAACGAAUCUGCAAUAUGCUCGUAUUUUGAAAAUAACAUGGAUAAGUAUUCCUUUAGGAAGAGUUUGUAAAAUUCAUAUUCAGGACGUACAAAAUACGUCUUAUUUACCUUAAUGUUAUGUAUUUCAGAUCUCAAAAUAAUAUUUAUGUACAUAGUCUUAAAUCUUUUACCAAUGAAUUUAUAUCAAUAAAUUAUAACUUG